AUGCAGAGAAGAGAAGCAGUGGAGGACAAUCUCAAAGCGCUAAACGGGUCACCUCCGAACGAAAUAGAGGCAUUGGACCAUGUGCAAAAUACUCAAGCUUCACCCACCACUCCAACUGCUGAUAAGUCACCAACUGUCAUAAUUACGAAAGUUAAACGGCAUUAUAAGAAGAAGCUUAAGAAACGAGUUGUGGUCGAGUGGGUCAUUUUUUUGUUACUCAUGGGAUGCUUAAUAUCUAGCUUGACCGUGGAUAAACUGCACAACAUCCGUUUCUGGGAUUUGAAAACUUGGGAAUGGUGUGUGCUUCUGAUGGUAACAUUCUGUGGUAUGUUGGUUACGAGUUGGUUUGUGUUUCUUGUUGUUUUCUUGAGUAACGUUUUACUGAGGAAUAGAGUGAUGUAUUUCGUUCAUGGUUUGAAGAAGAGUGUUCAAGUGUUUAUAUGGCUUAGUUCAGUUCUUGGUACCUGGGUUGGUUUGUUUCUUGAUGUCGAGAGAUCGAAGACCGCCGCGAAAAUUCUCGAUUACGUAACCUGGGCUCUUGUAAGCAUUCUCAUUGGAGCAUUUAUGUGGUUGUUGAAGACUUUGUUGUUAAUGGUGUUCACUUCCAGUUUCCAUAAGAACAAUUUCUUUGACAGAAUACAAGAUUCGGUCUUCCAUCAGUCCAUACUUCAGAGCCUUUCGGGACCUCCGUUGAUGGAGAAUGCUGAAGAAACCAAAAGGUUGAUUGACACGGGAAAGCUCCAUAGAUUGCGGAAAGAAAAAGUUUCAUCUUGGCAAAUGAAGGCGUUGGUUGAUGAUAUCAUCAAUUCAGGGCUUACCGUAAUCUCCAACGCCUUUGACGAAAGUAGUUGUGACGAAGAUGGUGAACAAGCAGAUAAAGAGAUCACUAACGAGGUGGAGGCACGAAGUUGUGCUAAUCAAAUUUUCAGAAAGGUUGCUCCACCGCCAAAUGAUCACAACCGGUUAGAUUGAUGAGGAUGACCUUUUAAGGUUCAUGACUAAAGAGGAGGUGGAUAUUGUGUUUCCAUUGUUU